UCAUUCAACUUACAUAAUUCAGCCAACCGGUCUGAUUUGAUUUUUUUCAAACGCAGUUGCAAGUUUUAAGGCUUUUUAGUCUUGAGUACUCUCGAACCGCACCCAAGAAACAACACCACCCUCUCUCUCUUUCUUCCCAAUCCGAACACACCCACCCAAUCCUUAGGUUUCUUCAACAAUGGAGGUCAAAAAGAAAGGUAGAAGAGUCCAUCCUUCUUCACCUUCUUCAUCACCACCGUCUUCAUACAAAGACCGUAACUCAGUUUUCAAGCUUUUCCCAAUGGCAAUCCUAGCAUUAGCCUCAACUUUACCACCACAAGACCAAGAAGUAUUGGCUUACAUGAUAACAAGGUCCAUUAUUUUAACCCAUCAACCCAAGAACAAGUGCAAGAAAGGUAAUAACAAAGCCCCACUUUUUCAAUGUGGGUGUUUUGAGUGUUACACCAGGUUUUGGCAUAGGUGGGAUUCUUCACCCAAUAGGGACCUCAUUCAUCAAGUUAUUGAAGCUUUUGAAGACCAUUUGGUGCAAAAUGAAGCAACCCCAAAGAAACAAUGCAAAGCUUCAAGGAAGAAAGAGAAGGUAAUAAUGGUUAAUAACAUUUGUGAACCUAAUGAAAGUGAAGGGUUGGUAGAGACUGAAAGUAAGGGUAACGAUGAAGUGGGUGAAGGAAAACUGGAAAUGGAGGUGGCGGCCGCCGUAGCCGGUGGUGGGGGUGGAGUUAGCCAUAAGGGUUUGGCCAGGAAGGUUUUACCAGAUGUGGUAGGGUUAUUAAACUCUCGUUUCUGGAGCCUGUGGGGUACUAGUAUCUAGUGAAAUUUUCUCUUCUUUUUUAUUAUUUUUCUUCACUUUCCAACUGUUUGGAAUUAAAGAUUCUCUCCAAUGUCACAUGAAAAUUUAUAUUUUUUGGGUGUCUGUAUUAGUCAGUCAAAUCAGUUGCAGAGUUUAAGGGUCUAAAAUUGGUAGUGAAUUGUAGCUAAGAACAUAUAUUGUAUAGCUCAGCUGAACUAUAAAACGUAUUUUGAUUAAA